AUGAAAGUUGCUCUUGUUACUGAAGUCUCGACAUCACACAUCAAUGGUGUGUCAAAAACCAUCACAAAGCUUUUAGAUCAUCUUAUUGAAAAUAACCACGAAGGAAUCGUUAUUGGUCCAGCAGGAGGUUCAUACAAAAACAAAGUCCCAUUAAUAGGUACAUUUGGUUUGCCAUUAUUUUUUUAUCCCGAGUUGCGAUUGAACUUUGCUCUCCCACACAUGAUAUUGAAGCUAAUUUACUUCAAACCCGAUGUUAUUCAUCUUGUUGAUCCUAAUCUUUUGGGCCCCCAAAUUCUUUUGGCGUGUAAAUUCUUUUUACCUAACACGCCAAUUGUUUCAUCCUACCAUACAAACAUCGCAUUCUAUGCCAAAAUGUUUGGUUUUAGUAUGCUUUAUGAGCCGAUAUGGGCAACACAUAGACUAUACCAUGGCUCAAGUAAAUAUGUUCUUUGCCCAUCAUAUUCUACCCGCGAAGCGCUAGCUGAAAAUGGAAUUCCAGCAAGCAAAGUUUUAGUAUGGUCUAGAGGUGUUGACAAUGCUUUAUUUUCACCUUUAAAAAGAAAUGAAAGCCUUAGAAAAUCUUGGUUUUGCAACACAGUAAAAAAGAUUAAUACACCCGGGCCAGUAUCUAGGGCGUUAUCUAGCACCACAUCAUCUAUGUCUAUGAAUCUUCUUAGCAACAGAAGAAGUUCUAGUUCUUCUAUAAAUACAGGAGAACUUGACAAAAUGAUUAAAUUUGAAGACGAAGGGGUGGCCUUUGAUAAUAACCAAGACAAGGUUGUUUUGUUAUAUGUGGGAAGAAUUUCUUGGGAAAAAAAUCUCCGAGUACUUGUGGAAUCUUUCAAAAAGAUGAACCAUGAUGAAUAUCAUUUAGUAAUUGUUGGCGAUGGACCAGCUAAACAAACUAUUCAAAGUCAGCUUGAAUCAACUGGUGGUGUCACAUUUACUGGUUAUCUUAAAGGCGAGCACCUGGCAGAAGCAUAUGCCUCUGCGGAUAUUUUUGCAUUCCCUUCUGUGUCAGAAACUUUUGGCCAAGUUGUUUUGGAAGCACAAGCAUCUGGUCUUCCAGUUGUUGGAAUGCAAGCUGAGGGUGUCAAAGAAAUUGUUGCUGACGGCGUUUCUGGUAUUUUGGUAAAUCCAAAUAACGAUGAGAACAAAGUUAUUCAUGAUUAUCACAAUGCCAUUUUGCAAAUUUCAAGUGACUAUAAAACCCAUAAUUCUAUGUCUAAGCAGGCAUUGGUGCGCUCUCAAAAAUUCACCUGGAAUGCAGCAAUGGAAACAUGCAUUAACGCAUACAAAAACGCCAUAAAUCAAAAUUGA